AUGGAGGUGUUUACCGGAAUGGCGGUGUACCUUCGCACCAUUGCCACUGGACAACGCUACAGCGGCAGCGGCAAUGGGAGGGAAGAGGAAUUAGGUGGUGGCAGCAGCAGUAGCAGCAAGAGUAGUGGGGAUGCACCAGCCGAUGUGCAGCUGCAGCUACAGCAGGACCAAAAGGGCCUCUUCGCUGAGGGCUACGGGCUUGAUGUGUGGGGGCGUCUUUUCGCCCUCGUGCAGGAGCUGCGGCAGGAUAUGGAAAAGUUCAUCGCCGACAACGCAGCACACCAGGUGGAGCCGGAGUUCGAGUGCUGGGAGGCGCUGCUCAUUACGCUGCGGUGUACCCUCGACUACUGCGUUGUCUGCAUGCAGGAGAAGGGCAAGGGCGAACGCGAGGUGGCGGAGCGGCUCUUCCGCGAGGCAGCGGCGCUUCGGAAGGAACUCGUGGAGGAGAGCCGCACCCGAUUCGAGGGACGGAUGCGCAUUUUGUGGCUGCAGGAGGCGUGA